AUGACCUCAAACUACGCAAGGCAAGCGGGGUCAUCCACCUUUUACAGCAGCUUUGUGAAAAAUAUUUUAUAUCUGUGCUGAGUCAAUUAUUAACCCUUCUGGAGGCCAAAGCUUUCAUAUAAAUACUGCCAGUUCAGAGAAGACUUGUUAGAAGAAACUGACAGUUUUAAACAACGUCUGAAAAGCUAAAGAAUUUCAUCAGAAGGAAAUGUUUGGAUUAAGCGAGAAGCUGACGUUUGUGGCAGCGGCGGCUCUGGUUGUCUUGUCCGUAGUGAGGUCAUCUCCGGUGGUGGGGCCAGAGCCCAUCCGCUGUGCCCCCUGUACUCAACAGAAGCUGAACGACUGCCCCGCCAUCCCAGCAGACUGCAAGCAGGUGUUAAGGGAGCCAGGCUGUGGCUGCUGCAUGGCCUGUGCGCUCGAGGAGGGGGCUUCCUGUGGAGUUCACACAGCCCACUGUGCUGAGGGUCUCCGCUGCACUCCCAGGCCUGGUGAAGCAAGACCACUGCACGCUCUGACCAGAGGACAAGGAAUCUGCACUGUAGACCUCCGCCAAGAGGAAGAUGGAGGAGUCCCUGACCAUGGCUCGUUGCAGCACAUUCUGGGACUUAACCUUCCCUUUGAUCACCAAGAUUUUGCUGAAGGCCAGGAGAGUCUCAAGGCUAAGGUCAAUGCCAUACGCAACAAACUGGUGCAACAGGGUCCAUGUCACACUGAACUGCACGAAGCACUGGACACGAUAGCCACCUCUCAGCAGAGGUUAGGAGAGAAGUUCACAACUUUCUACCUUCCCAACUGUGAUAAGCAUGGCUUCUACAAGGCCAAGCAGUGCGAGUCAUCUCUCGUUGGACCACCCGCUCGCUGCUGGUGCGUCUCGUCUUGGAAUGGGAAGAGGCUCCUAGGAUCGAGCGACUUGGUCGGUGACUCAGAGUGCCAUCAAGAAGUUACUCACUGAAGGAUGGACUCUGUUGUCACUCAAAAACCAACUUUCACACACACAAAGGCACACACAU